AUGAAAAGCGAACGUAUCGUGGAGGAGGAUGGUUGGGAUGUAGUAGAGCGUGGUGGAGAAGAGAAAUCUGCAUAUCUGGACUAUCAUCAGUAUCAGUAUAUCGACACAGAACUGAUGCAUCAGGCUCUACUUGUUUCCGAAAUCCUCGUGGAGAUAUUCAUGCAUGUGGAUCAAAUACCAUCUAUUGGAAAAAACAUUGUAGCUCGGAAAUCCCUUGCAGCUCUUGCAACGACAUGCAAAGCCUUCCAUGAUCCCGCGAUGGAUUUUCUGUGGGCUACAGUAGACGAUUUACAACCACUGCUUGGUUGUGUAACCAGGCUACAUCCACUGAUAUAUUGUGGUAGCCGUGCACCAGGUGACGACUCCUGGGCAGAAGGCAUCGAACGAUUAUCUUCCGAUGAGACUUGGGAAUUUUUGCGUCACUCAGACCGUAUUCGCUCAUUCAACAUAACAUCCAAUCGUCUUUGCCUGCUCAUCUCAAUCAUCCCUAUCGAGGCAUGCGUCUUCCCGAGGCUGCAUUCGUUAACUAUUUCCACUGGCUCAUAUUUUGGCCUAUUUAUGUCCCCCACGCUGCGCCAUUGUUCUAUAUUUUUGGAGCGAAUCAAAUUUUCCUACGAGAGCACAGGACGUAUGCUGUUCCUGCUGUCUAGCCGUGUCUCUUCGUGCAAUCAGCUUAUAACUCUGACUUGUCCACCGAUUGACUGGGCAGCAUGGAAGGACCUUUCUAACCUCCCUACCCUGGUGGAAUUGAAAGUUGAUGAAGUGUACGAUCUUGACGCCCCUGCUUGGCGGUUGGAACCGCAUCUCCUCAAUUUCUCGCCAUUCCUAUACCUCACGGCUCUUUCCUUCCAGGUAGAAACUGCCGAAUACAUGAGCAUACUCAUGGAACACUCACAAUUCCCCUCGUUGAAAAAAUUCUGCAUUUAUAUCGGGUUCAUGUCUUCACCAGAGGCUGAGCGACUCUUUCGCAAGCUAUCCCACUGCAAACAGACCCUGGAAGAACUCGAGGUUGUCUUGUUCGAAUACGACAGUGACGACCCCCAAGGCAUUGUGACAAUAGUUCCACAUCUCCUUUGCUUCACACAGCUCCGAAUUCUGCAGAUCGAAUGUAUUAGUUCCUACCUCUACCUUGACAAUAACCUUUUCUUGAAAGCCAUGUCAGCUUGGCCGCACAUCCACACUCUAAAGAUGGAAGACUCUGGUCGUCGUCCUUCCAUUACAUUCCACGGAUUAUUCGCAGCGCUCUGUCAAUGUCCAGACUUGGAAACCCUGCGAGUGUUAAUUGACACCGUGAAUAUCGAUAUCGAUCCUAAUGCUGAACCAAUACAACAUACCUCCCUACGAACAUUGGUCUUGGAAUCAGUCAGGGGUCGCGUAGAAAAUGCUGAGGUUGUCGCUCACAUCAUUUUCACUUGGCUCCCUUGCGUCGACCAAGUCAAUACGGACGUGGAUGAUUGGCAGCCUUGGGAACCAGUCAACACACAUCUCGCAUCGUUGAGAGCUGCUGCGCAGCGUGUCACAGGAGCCGCUUCGAAUACCUGAGCUCAGUAGAUACGUUCACGUUCAGGAGCAUCCUGGAGUUGCUACAUUCAUUCAUGUUCGUUUGUUCGUUCGUGCAUGUCGUUGUCGGUAUGCUUGCUUUUUACUAUGGUUACAAUUGUUUUCUCCCCUGUGGCCGAUAAAUCACUGUGUUACGUGGAUUUUCACGCAUUUUUUGUAGACUAUCAUGUAUCUGUUUCCACCAACUUCAUAGAUCCCUUAGUCGCUCAUAAAAAUUUAGGGACCCCAUCUUCAUUGACAUUCCAUUACAUUCCGGGGUCAGUUCGUCUAUGUCCCCACUC